AUGCUGUUCGCCUGCGGUGGUUCCGGGUACAGGACGGAACUGGGUCUCGAAAGACUACUUCGGGACGGAAAGUCAGGAUGGGUAAUGGGCCCGACUAACGAGGUAAUUCGGCAGUUAGUCGGCAAGUCGCGCUCAACGAGAUUCUUCUUUGGACCCUUGGUAAGUCGAAGACAUUUGACGCCGGCUAAGUUAUUUGAUUCUGACUCCUUCUCGACCUCAACCUCGACCUCAGGCAAGAGCGAGCAGACCAGCGAGUCUCCAGCACGAGAUGCAGAAGCUGACCCUGGAGGAGAAAGGCGCCCUCGCCAAGAACUCACUGCAGGAGGUGGCAGGCGCAGAAGGAGGGAGCUGCGUCGCGUAUCCGACGCGAGGAACAGCCGACGUUGGAUAAUCACACCUGGUUCAACACGAGACCUCCUACUUGGUGUGGUGUAUAUCACGACGACCUCCGACGGCGUCCAACACGACCCUGCGCUUCGACCUGAUUCGUGGACGGCCCUCAAGCUCCUCUCCCGCGCCGACCUCACGGGCAAUAUGGCCGUUUUUACCUUCGCUUUGCCCAAGAGUACCGACCAUACGGGUUGUCUGCCGGGACAGUAUGUUAUGGUCCGCGUGGCCGUCGCAGGCAAGGAGCACCUCCGCUACUUCUCUCCGGUGUCUCGCCCCGACGACUUCGGCCGCAUCGAGCUGGUCUUGAAGUUCGAGACCCAGGGCGUUAUGUCGAGGUUCUUCCAGGAUUUGAAACCAGGAGACCAGAUCGAUUUCCAAGGCCCUUGCGGAGGGCUGGAGUACGAGGCCAACACGCUGACGGACCUGACAGUGCUGGCGUCAGGAGCUGGAGUGACCCCCGGGCUGCAGCUGGUGCGGUGCGUCGCCCAGCUGCCCGAGGACGAGACCAGAAUCACGCUGCUGUACUUCUCCGAGACGGUGGACGAGUUCCUGUGCAGAGAGGAGCUGGAUCGCUAUUGUGAGAAAGACAGUCGCAUCCGUGUGGUCUACAGCGUCGGCGAAGCACCCCAGGACUGGGAGGGCGAAGAAGGGUUCAUAAACACCGACUUGAUCUCGAAACACGUUCCUGAAGCCAACAGUUCGAAGCAUAAAGUGGUUGUGUGCGGAGGGGUGACUAUGAGCAUUUCCUGCCUCCACUCCCUGCGCAGCCUCGGGUACAAAUCCUCUUCGAUCUUUGUGUUCGGGCAGUUCGGAGCCGAGUUGGUGAGGAGCGUUUACGGGAAGACCUGCAAGCUCUCGACUCAUCUGUGCGGCGAAGAGCUUUGAUUUUGAAGGUGGAGGAGGAGGAGGAGGAGG